UGUUUUCGUUUCUUUUCUCCCGGUUUUUCGCGAUAUUUUGUUUGUGCUAGAAGGAAUUUGAUGAACUACUUUUGUUUAAGUUGAAAUAUUAUUCUGCCUAUACAUAAAUUAGAUAUUGAAUAAAAUUAUAAAUAACAAAUCAUUUAUUUGCGUCAAUUACGAAGUAAUUUAAUAUUCAGCAAUGAGUGCCAAUAAGGUGCCUUUCGAAAAUCGGCCCAUCGAGUGUCGUUUCUGCGGAAUUACCGGUAAUGCAACGAUAGACCUCUUCAAGCACGGACUGGCUCAGAAGGCGGAGAAGUGCUUCUAUCUUUCGAUUGAACCAGACGAUCGUCUUCCAAAGCGGAUCUGCCGAAAGUGUCAAUAUGCGCUGUGUGCAGCAUAUUCGUUCGGGGAGAAAGCGAGACUUGUGGAUAAGAAAUUGAGGCAAAAGUAUGGUUCAGAUGAAGAGGACUAUUUAAACAUUGAAUAUCUGCAGGAAGACACCCCAUUCCAAUACUUAACCUACGAAACGGACCCAGUUGGGCUAGCGUUGGAGAAGCUAAAGGGGACCUCCAUUGCCAUCAAGAAGGCUGUCCCCACACCAGUGUCGACUGCGAAUCCAAUGGUGACCUGUGGUGAUGUUAGUCAAAAUGAGGUGGUAGAAGAGCCUGAGGCAGAGGUUUUACCAAAGAAGUACAAACGUUUCGACGCGGAUACGGUGAUAAACCUCAGUGGACACGUUCCAUGUAUUUGCCUUUGUUGCUCGAAGCGGUUCUCCUGUAUGGACCAACUUAUAGAGCACAAAAGUGAAUGCAAUGAAGAUAGCUACAUUUGUCGCAAGUGUGGUAAAGUUCUUGAUAGCGUGGAGUCGUUGAAGAAGCAUCAGCAGACGCAUUACGAUUAUCGACGCACGUACACGUGUCCAUCUUGUGACGAGGUAUUCAAGAAUAGUUUCCUCUUUGACAAUCAUCGUGCGAAGAUGCACGGAGAGGAGAUCGAAGAGCGAGGCUAUGUCUACCGGUGCUGCAACAAAGAGUUUCUGACCAGAAGGGAGCUCCACGAACAUGCCAAAAUCCACGAGGUUCCGCCCUCGGUGUGUGCCGUUUGCAGCAAAUCAUUCAAGAGUAAACAUUCACUGAGGAUGCAUCUGAAAGUACACGAAGACUACAAGCCGUAUGUUUGUAAAGAAUGUGGAAUGGCGUUCAAGAAGAAAGUUUUUCUAUUCCAACACCAAGCGCAAGAUCAUAACGGUGUGGAGUUGAUUCGGUGCGAUCAGUGCCCGAAGAAGUUCGGCAAGAAGGAAUCACUAAAGAUCCACUGCCAGCGGUAUCAUACCAGUGAAACGAGUGGCAUGGCUGUACACAGCAGGAAAAGAGUAGCGCAGGAUCACUCGUACGAGGGUGAAAUUGGUAGGGAAGAAGAGGUGUGAACUUUCAUUUAAUAAUAUCGGAUUAGAUCAAUUUAAUGAAUUUAAAAAAGUUUUUAGUUAAACUUUGACAAUAGCCUUACCAACGUUUCCUCCCUUCAGCAUAUCAAUAAAUGCAUUUGGCAUAUUCUCAAA